GGCUGAGGUGGACACAGGGUGCUGCCCACGGGGUCGGUAGGGCGCAGGCGCCGGUCUGGCAGAGCGCAAGGGCAGAAUGGAGGGGCUGGUCUUGCUCAAGGCCCUGGUCACCCGGCUGCUGUUCCUGUUGCAUUCCCUGGUCGCCGUCUGGAGAGUGACCUGGGUGAAGGAAGAGCACCGUUACUGGCUGCUGGCCCUGCUCAACCUCUUGCUGGUCCUGGAGACAGUGCUCACCCUCAAGUUCAAGCGCGGACGAGGCUACAAAUGGCUUUCUCCGGCCAUCUUUGUGUACCUGGUCAACAUCAUGCCGUCCCUGUGGCUUCUUGAAAUGCACCAUGGAAACCAGAAGCGAAUGGAAGACACAGGAUGCUCUCUGUCACUCUCUUCUGAUUCUCCUCAAGGCAAGACCCUGUCCCUGAACUCUAUCAUAUUGCAGCACCCAAUCUGAGAGAAUGGCACAGAACUUCAGCAGAAGAGGAGAUGUCAAUCAAACCCUGUCAUCCCACAGAGCCACCAAUGGAAUGGGGAAUAUCCUUGAGCUGGCCAGAGGCUUUGUCGACAAUUUAUCCAUGGUAUGUGAACCGGUCUGGACCUUAGGACUCCACCAAACACUCCUGCUAAUAUUAAUCAUUGGACGGUGGCUUCUCCCCAUUGGAGGCACCAUCACUAGAGACCAACUCUCAGAACUUCUUCUGAUGUUUGUGGGGACGGCGGCCGACAUACUGGAGUUCACUACUGAGACUCUGAAGGAAAAUAAUGUCAGAACCAACCCUACUCUGGUCUCUGGCAUUCUUGUGGUGUGGACGUGGAGUAUGCUGCAGUUCCCCCUUGAUCUGGCAGUCCAGUUGAAACUGGUAUGCCCCGCCUCAGUGAAAGCCAGGGGCUUCCUUAGGGUUUUCCUGUGCCAGUACAGUGCGGAUCUAUGGGCCAUUGGUCUCAGCUUCUUCAUCCAAGACGGUCCCUUCCUGGUUGUGCGCCUCGUCCUGAUGAUCUACUUUAAAGUGAUCAACCACAUGUUGGUGUUCUUUGCCGUGAAGAAUUCCCUAGUGAUGGCUCUGCACUUCUACCGACUUGUGGCUUUGAUUAUGGCCACGAGGGACUUCAUGCGAGAUCAUCCAGAAAGCCCCAAACCGGAGCACAGUGGCCCAGACCAGCCCUCUGAGAGUGGUCCCAGUGAAUGGGAGGAUGCUUCCCCGGAGGCUCUGCCUUUGCGAACCUCACCUGUCACCUCCGAGGAGUCUUACCCGACGACACCUUAGUUAUUGCUUCCAACAUGAAGCUGCGAGGCUUAACUCGUUCCUUCUUACGCCCCCAUGUUUGCAUACACCAGUUUUUUAAGGAAACAAUACAAAAAGAUGAUCUUGUAUCAAAGCCAAGAUAAUUUUUUUUUUCAUCUGAGUGGAAGGAACUUUGACGUCGAAUGGCUGUCUCUACAACCUCCUGCUCUGGUAGCGGACAUUACACCGCUCCGAGAACCAUUCUAAAUGAUUGGUUUUUAUGGAACUGCUUGAAAAGCUGUAGACAGAACGGCAUAGCACACCCUUCAAAGAUUUAAGGCAGACAUUUACCACCCCCUUCCCUAUUCCUUGCUCUCCUUGGGUGCCUAGUACUACAGCUUUUGACUGGCUGGACUACGUCACUCUCUCAUCUGAGGUUUUUUGCAAUGUCCCUCUGACAUUAAAACAAAAAAUGUAUAUUCAGUGAACGCUGAACAAAAGAGAGGAAAAUGAUUUUAAAAUCAAUUUGCUGGAAGUUGGGAGCUAGUACUGCCCUGCUUCCUCGGUGCAGAAAAAUAGCUGAGGUAGCUGCACAGGCCUUUACAGGAAUGCCCUUUUCCUAGACCAAGGUGACAUUCCAUGUGUUCUUAGAGCAUCGUGAUGGCUUUGGACUUGGGUAGCACAAAGUUUACAGCAAGCCACUUGGGUUCUAGCAACUUCAUAGUGAGUGAGACAGCUGCAAGGCACACUUUCUACCUAAUGCAAUUUACGGGACCGUUGACAUCUGAAUACCUGAUUACCUUUUUCUAAGUUGUCAAGGUGCAUCAUGGGAUCAAUUUCAAAGAGCACUAGCAUGCAGUGAUGAAGGAAUUUGAGGCCCUUUAGUGUUACCAUGGUUUCUGGUAGGGGCCAGCAGCCUCUGCAGGAGCAGCAACACUAACAGAGUUCGGCCUGAAGCCUGGGAAAUACCACCAGCGGCCCCAGCCUGGUUUCAGGAACAAGUUGGUGGCAGUUGGUGCCAGUCUCAUGCCUCCUGGGAAUCAUGGUGGCUUCAUUUCCCAUGAACGAAAUAGUCGGUCUCUUCCACAGCUCUGUACAUUCUGGGUGGAAAUAACUCCAAACUUUUGAAAGUAGCUCUUGCUUUUAAAUAUAAUUGUGACUUGGCAAUUUUCGGAAGCGCUCUAAAACUGUAGUGUUAGAGUUCAAAGCAUCAGCCAAGCUAUGCUAGAAUCCCCAGGAACCCAAAGAUGUUUAUUCAGGAAACUUCCUAAAUUGGAGGCAACCAUUAGACAAUCAGUUGGGACAAUUUUUUUUUUAAAUCUAUGAAUUUCUGGUAUGGUAUUUAUCCACUAUGUUUGAUAACAAGUAUAUAAACACAUUCUAUUUUAUACAAAGCCACAACUGUUUUUCUAGUAAUUUCUCCUUCUUUUAUCCCUUGGGCUUUUUGUUUUUAACAGUGUCAUGGUUGUAAACGGUUCACGAAAUGAAUGGAAUGCAUUGGUAAUUUUUCAUAAUAAGUGUAUGCAAGUUAAGGUCAAAUUUUAAAGGUGUGUUAUUCAAAGUUCUUAUCAAUGAGAUUUGGGAGCUUGGUUAAAAGCAUGUAUUGCUCUUGCAGAGGAUCAGGAUUUAUCCCAAAAUCUACUCAGUAGGUCUUAUAUCCACUUGUAACUCCAGCUUUUGAGGGGUCUACUUCUAGCCUCUGUGAGAACUGACUGCAUUCGUGUGUACACAUACACACACAUGCAGAUUUAUUAAAAAUAAUGAAAAUAUUUUACAAUAAAAACGUCAGCAAUGGGAAGAAAAACAGAAAAAAAAAAACAAUACUAUUUCUCAAACUGCCCCAGUCUCCACUAAGUGUGCUGGAUGCUUUGUGCUGAAUACAUGACAUAUAUGUGUCCCAAUGACAGGUAUGUGCCCCAUAACAAACAUGUGUCCUCAUGACAUAUAUGUGCCCCUUUGACAUAUAUGUGCCCCUAUGACAUAUAUGUACCCCUAUGAUAUACAUGUGCCCCUAUGACACACAUGCACCCCAUGAUAUAUAUAUAUACAUGUGCCAAUGACAUAUAUGUGCCCCCAUGACAUAUAUGUGCCCCCAUGACAUGUAUGUGCCCCUAUGACUUACAUGUGCCCCCAUGACAUGUAUGUGCCCCUAUGACAUAUAUGUGCCCCCAUGACAUAUAUGUGCCCCUAUGAUGUAUAUGAGCCACUCCUUACUGCCUAAUUGCUCACAGCAUAUUUUUGUGAUUAUUUUUCCUCAAUAACAAACACUGAACCUCCAAAAAUAAACCAUCACAUAGUAUGACUGUUGGAGGGAUAAUUUUAAGUGCUUUUGAAUCUAAGGCUUGGCGUGGUUUCGUGAAAGACUUUCUUGUGUUUCAAUAAAGUAUUUGGACAGCCCUCCUCCUCAGGCCUGUCCAAAAUCUGGCUUAAUUUGGAAUGCCAGGAAGUCAGAGAGCACCCAGGACCAGCUUGGUAAUUAAUGGAUGGUCAAAAAUAGACACACAGUCUUCAAGGCUUUUCCAGGAAAAUCUGCUAAAGACAGCAUUUAACUUAACUGCCAGUGUUUCCAUUUCCUUAUGCUGGCUGCUUUGAUCAUAGGAAAAAUGUCUGUUUGCUUAGUCUAGGUUUUAUCUCUGAUGAAACGCUAAAAAUAUACUCAGUUGUAUGUUUAUAAUUAUUAAUAUUAUUUUACCCCUUAAAACUGUAUGUUUUUACUGUAGGCUCAUGCACAUUGUGAUGUUUUUAGAUAUCCAAGUGUUUGUCAUAAACGGAACAGAAUAUCAGUCAUCUCUUUUACGUCGGAGUCUUGAGACUUGUUUACAUUUUAUUUGUAGUGAGACAGCUUAAUCACGUAGACUCCAUUCUAGCCACAGUACACGUGAAGCCCCACCCCCUACCCCUGAGGAGGGGACUUCACUUACAAUUGCUGAAGCUGUUGCUGAUUCAUUAAGUUCAACCAGCUAUUCUUUCUGCAAGCAUAUUCACCCACUAGUGAGAAAACCCCGUGACCAUGUUUACAUGAUGCUGUGUGGACACAACCUCAGGACCCUUUUAGGCUUUAUAUAAACUGAGUAAGUCUUAAAUGCCACAAUACUGUGCAUAGGAUGAGCAUAAUACUCUGUCUGAUUAUUCCACCAAGUUUGGUUGCUGUUGUGAAUGAAGGUGUUAGAAUCCAGAGGCCUCAACUUGUCAACCACAUUGGGAGCUUCCAGGGAGAAGUGUGAGACAAUUCUGCCACUGGCUCUGGUGUCCCACAAGGCCGUGAAGCCAUAAAGCUAUGUCCAUGUGUUGAUGGGUUCCACUAUUACCACCCUGUGUCUUGGUUCAACAGGAGCCUUUCAGAGCUGUGGGAAAGAACACCGUGGAGACGUCAAUUUGUUAUGUUGACAUGGUUCCAAUGUUCAGUGUGGACUCUAAACCAUCGUGGUCCUUUCCCAUGAGGAACUGUUACACAGAUUCUCCAGUUAAAAGGGAGAACUGUUGUGACUCAGCCUGUUGACCUCCAUUCCAUGACUUGUUUAAAUAGAAGGCAAGGGCUCACAGAUCAAGAUGAGAAGACACUGUGGGUUCUUUCCCUGUGUUCUCAUUCUCGGCUUUGCCUUUUACUCAAAGGGACUUUUGAUCCAUCCUUGGACAUACCUGAACUUUCAAGACAAUAAGAGCAGCUAAACAAUGUCUGAAGAAUGAGCCACCAAGCACUUGGACUUUAUCAGUUUUUGUCUUUGAGGUCUUCCUUAAUGAAAUAACUUGUGAGUGUGUUUUCUGUGAAUAUUUCUAGAUUUUGAUGGGACUGGCCUUUUUGUUUUAUUGCCGACAUUAAAUAUUUGUAUAUGGCUUUCU